AUGAGAUGGGCAGGGGCGAAAAGUGUACUUAAUUGGGAGUUCACCUUCAAACCAGAGGAUAGAGUGUUGGGGAGGAGACUUCAUGAGAUGUGUAUUGCAGCAUGGCAAGAAAUUCUUGGUGACUUGGAAAGCAGAGGGAUAUUUUCUACCGCAAAUAACCUUCACAUAGAAUGUGUAAGAUUUUGCUUCACACAAAUAAUACAACAUGAGCUGGAUCUGUGCCGACAAGAAUGGAACGAUCAUCAAAUCAGACGUCAGAAUGGGGAUGAAGUCCAUGGCAAGCCAGAAAUCCUCUACUACCAUCCAGACUUAUAUGGCACAAGAGACUAUGCCUUUCCAGUAGAAAUGGAAGAUGUAGCCACCUUCCGCUCCUUUUGCAAAACACCGACGCUAACUGGAUGUGAGGAGCCCCUGCAAACUACCCUUUUUGGGCUGCUGGAAUCCAUCGGAAGAAUGCCGCCUGAAACAGUAGAUGAAGCAAAAGACCUUCUCCAAUGGUUGACAAACUAUUUUCAAUAAGUGAAUACACUGAAACAUCAUUGGACAUGCAUGUAUGGAUUCGUUAGUGCAGUAGUAAAUUGUAAUUAAUAAACUGUAUCAUAAAAUAUGAAACGUGA